AUGGAAUCCAAAGACUUUCUUGAAUCUUCAGUUCUCCUGAAUGAAAGCCAAUAUCAAGAAGGCUACAAUGAUGGGUUCAACGAUGGAAUGCUCAGUGGUAAAGAUGAAGGAAAAGAUGUAGGCUUGAAACAUGGAUUCCAAGUUGGUGAAGAGAUUGGUUUCUAUCAAGGUUGUCUUGAUAUCUGGACCUCUGCAAUCAAACUCGACCCCAACACAUUCUCAUCUCGAGUUCAAAAGAGAAUAGAACAACUUCAAGACUUGGUAACAAACUACCCACUUCUGGACCCAGAAAAUGAGCAACUCCAAGACAUGAUGGAAGCCAUCAGGCUAAAGUUCAGAAUCAUCUCUGCCAACCUGGGACUCUCAUCAACAUUAACAUAUGAAGGCCAUCCAAAAUCAUCCCAUCAAGAUCUUGAAACCAUAUAG